AUCACGCCUAACAGCUCAUCCGUACCAAACGAAACGCAGGUGAGCACCAUCUGACUCUUGCUGACCACCGUGACCCGCUAUAUAGUACACGAAACAUGUUCAAGCCACCAGGAUUCUCAUCAGGCUUCUCUUUUUUCACGUACGGGGCUCACGGACUCAAGCGCGCAUUGAAUAGCCAUGGGUUCUGACGUGGUACAAGGAUCGCCAAAGCCGCGCUCUGUCGCAAGCUUCGUUGACAUUGAGAAGCCUAUCAUUGAGCAUUCUGAACCUGGCCUGCAAAGCCCCCAAGUCAAUGGCAGAAGGAUCCUCAGAAAGAUCGAUCUGAGGGUGGUCCCAGUCCUCUGCGUGCUCUACUUGCUAGCUUUCCUUGAUCGAGUAAACAUUGCCAACGCUACAUUGUUUGGCUUGAAGGAAGACUUGAAACUUCAGGGUGAUCAAUACAAUACUGCUUUGGUUAUAUUCUUUGUUCCCUAUAUCAUAUGCGAAAUCCCAUCCAAUGCGCUCUUGAAGCGCCUUAAGCCUCAUCUAUGGUUGAGCGGAUGCAUGUUCAUGUUCGGCUUGACCACCUUGCUCCAAGGUUUUACACAAAAUUAUGGCGGGCUUCUAGCUACGAGAUUCUUCCUAGGUGUUUUCGAGAGCGGCAUGUUCCCUGGAUGUUUCUAUCUGCUUGCUAUGUGGUACCGUCGUGAAGAGGCCCAGAAGCGUUACUCAUUUUUCUUCUCAUCAACCACCCUUGCUGGGGCGUUUGGCGGCCUCUUAGCCAGUGCUAUUGGCAAGAUGGAUGGUGUCCGUGGAUAUCGUGGGUGGCGUUGGGUCUUCAUUCUCGAGGGUCUAUUUACUUGCGUUGUGGCAAUCGUCUUCUUUUUCCUCAUUUCUGACUUCCCUGAGGAAGUAAAGUGGCUGACAGCCGAGGAGAAACAGUUUGUGAAAGAUAGGCUGUAUGAUGACGUAGGACACUCACAAAGCGACGAGAAGAUCACUUUCAAGAGCGCGCUAGGGGUUCUGAAAGAUUACAAAGUAAUCAUCGGAGGAUUCAUGUACUUUGGCUUGAUCGUUCCCGCUUAUGGAUAUGCUUACUUUGCUCCUGCAAUCAUUCAAAGUAUCGGCAAUCACAGCAGCAUUCAUACACAAUUGUUGUCUGUCCCUCCGUGGGCUUGUGCAUGCGUUUUGUCGAUGGUGGUUGCCAUCAUCUCUGAUUACUCUGGACAUCGCUAUAUCUUCACCCUGCUCCCGACUCUCGUUGCUCUCGCGGGCUUUAUCAUCCUUCUCGUCGUGCACGAUAAUAACCAUCUACAGUAUGCUGCGCUAUUCCUGGCUUCUGCAGGAUCAUAUUCUGCUAUGCCGAUAAUCGUCUGUUGGUUCAAUACAAACUUGGCUGGGCACAAGAGAAGAGCAGUUGCAACCGGUUGGCAAGUUGGAUUCGCCAAUAUUGGCGGUAUCAUCGCCGCAUAUUCUUUUGUCGCCAAGGACGCGCCUAAGUACAUUCCGGGCUACAGCAUCUCCAUUGCUUUCAUCGUCCUAUCAAUGUUCGCUUGCGUCGCAUACCUCGUCGGCAUCGCAUGGGAAAAUCGUGAACGAGAUCGUGGAAACGUUCGCGGCGUUGACCUACCAGCAGAAGAGAAGCAGAAGUUGGGUGACCUGAAUCCGGAUUACAGAUACAUUCUGUGAAGGGUCAAUUAUGCAUCACACGAUAUAGCAUGCAUACUCACGACGCCAUAUACGAUAUUUUGCAUACGACUGUAUCAUGAGCGCAAAAAUUAGGGUUUGCAGUGUCGUCAAUUGUAACAGUAGUCAGAUGCGGAUGUCGCUCGCGUUGACGUUGAGACUUAUGUGUCAAUGGUUUCCUUGAGGCACAGAGCGUUGCGGAUUUUGCUCUGUCACCAGUAGGUCUUAUUUCAAGCAGUACUAGAAACUGUGAUUAUAUCUAAUGGAUCUGCGCGCAUAUGCGCAUAAUUUUCAUGAGAUAUGAG